AUGGGGAACCCUCUGGACUCAGACAGGUGGACAAAUGUUAUUGUGGCAGAGAUCCGCCUGACACCCGGAAACUGGGAGCCCAUAGAAACCGCAGAGGGGGGUCAGGUGCUGCUGUUGGAUGAGAAGACCCCCAGUCUGCAGCUGACUAACAGACCCCCUGGUCGGCAGCUGACAGUCCCCCAGAGAUAUGCCCCCAGUGCACUUGCCUUGUGCAUCACACAGGUGCUACAGUGUGAUGCCGGGGCCUCCGUCUCCCUCCCUGAAUCCCUUCUGUUUGUGUCCACGCUGGACGGGAGUUUGCACGCGGUCAGUAAGAAGACAGGGGAUGUGAUGUGGACUCUGAGAGACGAUCCCGUCAUCCAGGUCCCGCUCUACGUCUCCGAACCCGCUUUCCUGCCGGACCCCAGCGAUGGAAGCCUGUACAUCCUGGAGGGAAGAAACAAGGAGGGACUCAUGAAAUUACCCUUCACCAUCCAGGAGUUGGUCCAGUCCUCUCCCUGCCGUAGCUCUGAUGGGAUCCUGUAUACAGGUAAGAAGCAGGAUUCCUGGUUCGUGGUGGACCCGAAAUCUGGAGAGAAGCAGACAACUCUGUCCACAGAGUCAUCGGAUGGAUUGUGCCCGUCGUCCCCUCUGCUGUAUAUUGGACGCACACAAUACAUGAUCACUAUGUAUGACACAAAGUCCCGGGAACUGCGCUGGAAUGCCACCUUCCAUGACUAUUCUGCCCCUCUGUGUGACGAGAGCUAUGAAUACAAGAUGGCUCACUUCACUUCCACCGGUGAUGGGUUACUGGUCACAGCAGACCGGAGUAGCGGGCAAGUGUUGUGGAUGCAUAAUUAUGGCUCGCCUGUGGUUGGGCUCUUUUUGUGGCACCAGGAUAGUCUGAGACGGAUCCCUCAUCUCAACGUGGCCACAGAGACCUUGCGCUACUUAACGUUCAACUCUCAGGACAUCCUACUGAUCAAAUGGAAUUACAAUGCUGUACAGGAGCUGAGCAGCACCAAGACACAUCUACUGCCAUCACUAUAUGUCGGGAAGCAUGCACGCGGAUUUUAUGCCUCCACCUCUCUGAUCCAUGAGGGAGUCUCUAUUGUGCCACGCGGAAUCACCUUGGCACGGAUAGAGGGUCCCACCACCCAGGAUGUCACACUGGAGAAAUCCACAGAAUUUGAUGUGACACCCAGCACAGACGUCAAAUACCCACAAGGUGGCGUGGUGUCUGCCAGCCAGUGGUUGCUGAUAGGUCACCAUGAGGUGCCGCAUGUUGUUCAUACCACCAUGUUGCGAGCAUUUCCGGAGACUCUGCAGAGAGGCACAGAGUCCGUCAUCCGAGGCCCGGCACAGAGGACUUUGUUUGAUGAUUUUCUGACACUGCAGAAUCAAGAUGGGGUUCCCCAGGGUGACACAGAAGGCCGGUUGAAAAUGGAAAGCAACAAAGAAGAAGCCGGAAUUGUGCUGCCUGACUCCUCAAUUACUAAUCUGCUUAUCAUGGGAAUUGUGACGCUACUUCUGGGAGGAUGGGUGCUCUUUGGCCUCACGUACCCAAAGAUGCAGGAGCAGCAGCGCCUGCAGCAACUACAAUUACAGCAGCAACUUGAAGAGAAGCUAUUGCGUUUUCAACAACAGCAAAACAUGACCACUGAGGUUGCUCUAUCCCUUUCUGCUGGAGAGACCACAGUGCUGUCUGGAGAGCAGAGGACUGGAAGCAGCAAGAGGCAGAGCGGGGACCUGGAGCAGAGCCCAGUCAAUGGAACAAAGCGUCUGAGCAGAGAUGAUGGAGAGGCAGAAGGUCAAGAUGAGGAGGAUAUACAGGUGGGGAAAAUCUCCUUUUCUCCAAAGGAAGUUUUGGGUCAUGGAGCCGGAGGAACGUUUGUGUUCAGGGGCAGAUUUGAUGACCGCCCUGUAGCAGUGAAGAGAAUUCUGCCAGAGAGUUUUACGCUUGCCGAUCGAGAGGUUCAACUACUGCGAGAAUCUGAUGAACACCCGAACGUCAUCCGCUAUUACUGCACAGAGAGCGACAAGCUGUUCUAUUAUAUCGCUUUAGAGCUGUGUGCAGCCACUUUGCAAGAGUACGUGGAGAACCCGGACUUCCAUUGCGGUGGCUUAGAUAACGUCACCGUCCUGUUCCAGGCCAUGUCAGGGCUGGCUCAUUUACACUCUCUGAACAUUGUGCACAGAGAUCUGAAACCGUGCAAUAUCCUCAUCUCCCUACCCAACGCCCAGGGAAGACAGAGGGCCGUCAUCUCGGACUUUGGCCUAUGCAAAAAGCUGGGAAUGGGGAGAAGUAGUUUCAGCUUGCGCUCCGGUAUCCCCGGAACUGAGGGCUGGAUCGCACCGGAGGUUCUAUGUGAUGGGGAAAAGCAGAACCCGACCUCAGCGGUGGACAUAUUCUCUGCCGGUUGCGUAUUUUAUUACGUCCUAGCACGUGGGAAGCACCCAUUUGGUGACAGCCUCAGAAGACAAGGAAAUAUACUAAACGGGUCAUACCAACUACCACAUUUGGAGGAGGAGACACACGAAAAUGUAGUCGCACGUGAUCUCAUCGAGGAGAUGAUCAGCAGUGGCCCCAAGCUCCGGCCUUCCGCUCCCUGCGUUCUGAGACAUCCAUUCUUCUGGUCCCGAGAGAAACAACUACAGUUCUUUCAGGAUGUCAGUGACCGCAUUGAGAAAGAGCCCCAGGACAGUCCGAUAAUUGUCAAUCUGGAGACCAGAGUUCGUUCAGUUGUUCGUGUCAACUGGCAGUUAUAUAUAUCAGUUCCUUUACAGACAGACCUCAGAAAGUUCCGUUCCUACAAAGGAAAUUCUGUACGGGAUCUGCUGAGAGCCAUGAGAAAUAAGAAACAUCAUUACCAUGAGCUGCCGGCGGAGGUCCAGGAGUCGCUGGGUGCCAUCCCUGACGAUUUUGUGUUUUAUUUUACCUCACGGUUUCCGCUUUUACUCCUUCACACACACCAGGCCUUGAAACUGUGUGCAGCAGAGAGACCUUUCCAGAACUAUUACCACUGGGAACAGCAGCACUGA